AUGAUGAGUUUUGAGAUUUCACGGGUCCAAAGCUUUUGUAUUGAGUCAACCCUGAUCUUGAACAUAAACCCACAGGCACAACUCAAACUCGAUGUAGUUAAAGAAACACAAGAAAGAAAAAUAAGAAACAAAAAAAUUAAAAAUAAUUUCUCAUUUACAUAUGACGCGAUUAUACAACAACUUAUAGACCGAUACUAUGCGUGUUCUGACGUCAUUAAUACUCGAACACAAGUUUUACACACUUUUAAAUUUUCAUGGGAAAUUGGUUUUCACAGUUUCUUUUUACAUUUUAAAGGCUCAAAAGUCAAAACAUAA